AUGUCGCUUCUCAAUCUACCAAACGAGCUCUUGAGACAGAUCAUUGGUGAUCUCAGAUUACCCAAGGACCUGAGCUGCCUAGCUCGUGUAAACCGUGAUUUUUACGAUAUUUUCCUGCCAUGGUUGUACGAUAGUGAAAUUGAUCGUGACGGAUGCCAUAAGGUACUCGUGUUCGCCACACAAAUGGGACAUAUCAGUACCGUCCGACUACUUUUACGGUUGAAUGCCGACCGAUCGAUUCAAGGAAAAUCUCAACUUAAUCCGAAUGGCCUCAUGAAAGGCGACUAUUUCCGCUAUCGUGGCUUGGGUCUGCUUGCCUGGUCCUCGAUUCGAGGAGAUGUGGACAUGAUAAGACUUCUUUUGGAGAUCGAGAGCAUCCCUGUGGACAUAAAAUGCCCCAAAGGUCGAACUCCUUUAUCAUUCGCUGCAGAACAAGGGCACCUCGAUAUAGUUCGCCUCCUCUUGGGAGCCGGUGCAGACCCAAACACUCAAGAUGAUAUCAAGCGAACGCCCUUGCACUGGGCUGGCUCACCUGAGCCAAUGAAAGGACCUCGGAACAUACCAGGUAAUACGGAGAUUCUAAGUUUGGAUCCGAGGUUCCCCUUUCAUUGUCCGGUCAUGGCCUAUUUUGAAGAAGACAUCGUUGGAUCUAUAAGCUGGGAUGAUGCACAGAAUAUCAAGAGAUAUUGCACGCAAUGCCCUGAGGCAAAAGACCUUGACCAGUCUGCCUCAUUAGCCUCCAUAUCUUUAUCUUGGUCUUGUGGGGAGCACUAUGAAGAGGUCUUGAAGCUUCUUCUGCAACAUGGUGCCAACGUUAAUCUCCUGGAUGAGAAGCUUCGCACUCCUUUUUGCUGGGCAGCAGCAUGUGGAUAUCUACCAUUAAUGGAGUUACUCCUUGACCAUGGUGCAUCUCUUCAUUCGCCGGAAUCUUAUCGAUCUCCUAUUUCGUGGGCCGCGGAGAAUGGCCGCAUUAGUGCUGUGCAGUUUCUCAUAGACCGCGGGGUGUCUAUAGAGUCUCAUGGUGAAAGUUGCAUAUCCCCACUUUCCUAUGCGGCCAUGAAAGGCCAUUAUGACCUGGUAGAGUUACUCGUUGAGAACACUGUCCGUCGGGAACGCGAGGACUUCAGCUCCGACUGGAGUCCAUUAACUUGGGCGGCUGUUGCCGGGCAUGAGGAGGUCGUCGAGCUCCUUCUUUCGUCACAUCUUCGGAAAUGGCCAGAUCUUCCACUCGGCUCAACAGCACUGUGUUGGGCUGCGUGUAGGGGUCAUACGGCGAUUAUUGAGAUACUACUUUCUGCAGGUGCCGAAAUGGCACCCUUCCCAAAGAUCUAUGAUUCUUUAACUCCGCUCCAAUUAGCGACCAGGAGUAAACAUGAAGAUACUAUCAAAUAUCUUCUCCGUACCGGGAAAGCCGAGAUCAAUGCGAUGGACAGUCAUGGUUGGACGGCGCUGACAUGGACUUCAUGGGCAUCAUACGAUACUCAAAACAAUGAGAAGGAUACAAGAAUCAAACAGCAUUUGCUUGAUCAUGGAGCAGCUUCCUCGUAUGAGGCUUGUCAAGUGAGAAAUCGUCAUCUGCCACAUUUAUUCUAUCAAAGGCAGCUGCCAACACAAUCCAAUAGAAAUGGGAGGUGGCCAAUCUCCUUCAGAGUUGAUUGGACCUCUCUUGCUCGAGGAGAGCGGUUCCGCUGCAUCUCAUACUUUGUGCCAGGUCUUACGCCUGCAACGAUGAGACUUUUUGAGGGUUGGUCGUAUAACAGACCGGUUUCUGAAUAG